ACUUUAUCACAUAAGCGUGCAAACAUGAGGCUGGUAGUAUUUUUCUUUUUGGCUACCAUUGUGGCAACUUGCAAUGCAGAUUGCCAUAUUUUUCAAGAGGGUCAAAUCUAUCUUCUCCGGCCACGAGCUGGUGCUGCCGGCCACCGGCUUGAGGGCCUCGACUGCCUCAGCUGGCGUUUGGCUGUUGAAACCAACAACCUUCAAAGUUGGAGAACUGUGCCCAUGUCUUGUGAAAACUAUGUAGGUCACUAUAUGUUAGGCAAGCAAUACCGACAUGAUUGCGAAUUGGUAGCAGAUGCUGCAAUUAAAUAUGCCAAGAGCCUUAAACUUGCUGGCGACAGCAAGGACAUUUGGAUCUUUGACAUUGACGAGACUACGCUUUCUAAUAUCCCAUACUAUGCUCGAUCUGAUGUGCUCUUUGGGGCAUUACCAUACAACAGCUCAAGGUUUAACGAGUGGGUUGCAGAGGCAAAAGCACCGGCAGUUCCAGGAGCGCUUCGUCUAUAUGGAACAUUGUUGAGUCUAGGUUUCAAAGUUGUCUUCUUAACAGGAAGUAGAGAACAUGUCAGAGAGGCCAGGAUAGCAAAUCUGAAGGCAGUUGGUUACCAUACUUGGGAGAAACUCAUUCUCAAGGGAGAUGCUGAUAAGGGCCUCACAGCAUUGGCGUAUAAAUCAAAAAGGAGGACAGAGCUAGUAAAUGCAGGAUACAGAAUUCUUGGAAAUUCUGGAGACCAAUGGAGUGAUAUUCUUGGAGACAAUAAUGGCAAUCGAACGUUCAAAGUCCCAGAUCCCAUGUACUACAUUGGUUGAGCGAUAAGCAAAUUCUGUCUAGUCUCUUUUAGCUCUCUUUCUCUCGUCUUUCGAAGCAUCGGGAAUAAAUUUCAAUGUGUUUCAAGAAUAAACAAUGAGAGCUUCAGAUCAAGAUAUGA